AAGUCACACAGUACGCCGGUUGUGCUAGUAUUUUCCUCUAAGGUUUUAUCGUCUUGUUACAUAAUUCUUUACCUUUAUGUUAUUGACAAAUACGUUGUUUUUAUUAAACAGUAGGACGACGAUCGGUUGUGGAUACGUUCCAGUUUUGAACGUUUUGUGGGAGUGAAUUGUACAGUGCGGCUUACUUAGCAGUCCUGUGCUACUUAUGACAACAUCUUUUCACUGUCAUCAUGUUAGGACACAUAGCUAGACGAUUUGGUCAUCAGAUGUCUAAUGGAUUGAAAGGAAUGAAUCUUCCCCAUGUGCUUACUAAAGAGACCCACAGGCACCUCCAGUCCCCAUUCCAGACCAUCUGUCCCGUUUCGAUGAUGUCGCUGUGGCCCUUCUCAGGGAAGCCGCAGGACUUCAGUCAGCCAAACUCUUCGUGGAGUCCAGAGAUGGUUAGACUUUACGAGCAUUAUAAUGCAUUGUGUGAUGCAGAAAACGAAAACGGAGAAAAAAAGAGAGGGCCAUGGCGGAAGUUGCCCAGCUACGACCGCACCAUCAAAUAUGCCACAGGGGGCAUACAUCUCAGCAAACUGGUCCAGGCCAAAGCUCGACUUUUCACGAGAUGUAUUGAAGAGGAGGGUGCAGCAUUUGAAUAUGUGACUUUUCUCAAUAAAGUGGAGAAGACCUGUGUUUGUGUGUUUCAGGCGGGACAUCUACUAGAAGGGGCACCUGGUCAUCUACAUGGAGGUGCUAUAGCCACCAUGAUUGACACGGUGACAGGUACACUUGCCGGCUACUUGUCAGGACCUGUUAUGACAGCCUAUCUUAACACAAACUACCGCAGUCCAGUUCCUCUGGGCAGUGUGUUGUUAAUCCACUGUGCUCUGGAUCGAAUAGAGGGCAAAAAAAUCUUUGUCAAUUGCAAAGUAACCAGCAGCGAUGAGUCUAAACUUCACACUGAAGCCGCAGCUCUUUUUGUGUCAAUAAAUAUAGGUCCUUUAUUUGGAACACGAAGCUAAGAGGACCCAAGAUUUCACCACCGGGCUGUGCAUAUUUGUAUUUACCUUUGCAGUGACUAACUGAUGUGGCUGAUAGUUUACCUCCGCUCUGUGAAUGAGGUCUCCAGAAAUGCACACAUGUAAGAAAUAAACAGGGCACCCACUUAUAUGUCUUCACUAUAACUUGCUGCCUCAUUUUAGUACUAUUUUAAAGAUUAUUUUAAUCCUGUUAAUUUAUUCAUUUUUAUGUGAUUAGUAUUUACUUCUUUUUCUAUAUAAACUGCUUUAACGGUGUGUUGAACAACUGUUUCUGGAGUAUUUAAUUUUGCCAAAUGAAUACCUCAGUUAUAUAAUGCAUAUUGCGUUUAAGAGGAUGUUACAUAUCUUGUUGUGAAUUAAAGGGGUGCUGUAAAAUUAUGAUAUAUAGUGUUAUGAUAUGGUAAUGAUUGAGUGAUAAUAUAUUUACAACUGCUGCAUUCUUAUUCAUAAAAGCUAUUAAU